AUGGGUGACCAUACCCCACCAACGAACAUUCAGCACAUCCAAGCUCCCACGUACAACGAGCUUUUCAAUCUGGCCCAGUCGCUGAAGUCGCGGUUGGAGUUGCUGGAAAAGAAUGCGGGAAAUCCUGUCACGACGCAGCCCCCGACACAGCAAACCGAAAACUCCGUGCCACACACUUACAGCGAUUACCGAAUGUUGCCGGAUCUGAACCGAACUGUGCCUGAAUUCACCGGCCACGAAUCGAGCUGCGCCGCCGAAGAUUGGUUGAGCACUGUCGAUGCUCUGGCUGGUAUAAACAAUUGGCCAACGCCAUACCGACUGCAAUUCGUGAAAUCAAACAUGACGAACGCGGCCCGUAGCUGGUACCACACGGAGGUAUUCACGGAUUGGUCCGAUUUUAAGGUGAAGUUCCGUUCCGCCUUUGUCCGUACACUACGUAUGACGGACCGAUGGAAGGCGCUGAGUGAACGUCUGCAAGGGGAAACUGAGCACAUAGCUGACUAUUUCUACGACAAGCUCCGUCUGUGCCAAGCUUUGCAUCUCACCUUCACUGAAACGCGGGACCACAUCGUCAUGGGUAUUCGUUCUCAAGAAUUGGCAGUUUACGCCAUGAGCAGGGACCACAGCACUACCGCAACACUGCUGGCCGACCUGCAAGAAUGGCAACGUUUGUACGAACUGCGACGGACGCAGUUUCCGACGACGGCUAGGCCACACGUAGUGCCUGCCGCGAAGACAACGAAGUACGAACAACGAAACACCGAUACCCGUCGUACCGCCGAUGAGACGCCGUCGACGUCGGCAACGCCAAGUGAAGGUCCAACGACCUCAUCCGACUUACCGAAAACGUCCACGGUACGAUGUUACAACUGUGGUGGUACCGGACAUAUAUCACGUGAUUGUCCGAAACCACGGAAACCAUGUUCGGGCUGUCAGUCGACGACGCAUUCGCGAGGUCAGUGCACCGUGAAUCCACGCAAGGUUGCGCCUCCCGCCGAAACAUAUUGCGUUGAACUGACAUCAAGAUACCCGAAGGAGAACUGUUUUAUGAAGGAUAUACUGUUCAACGACAUACGCGCUACCUGCCUGAUCGACACGGGUUCGUCAGAUGUUUUGGUACGCAUCAGCCUCGCCGAACGAUCCACGUCGGAAAUCCGCAAGGUCUGUCGUCCAUUGGUCACGGUCGGAGACACGAACUCUCCAGGUGCGGUGACGUUGGGUGAGACCACUGCAGACAUAGCCGUCGAUAACGCGAGCGCUGCCGAUCACCCGGUGCUUGUCGUCAGUGACGACUCUAUCCCUGUGGACGUAAUUGUAGGCCGGACGUGGCUAAAUCUACCACACAUCAGUUAUUACAAGCGCCAAGAUGAGCUGGUCAUCGAGACACUCAAUGGUAUUAACUCUACAGCGCUGUCCGAAAAUGUGUCUGAGGAAAGUACGAAUGUAUAUGCAGCCCUAGUCAGUGCUGACAAGCCCACGAUGACGCCGCUACUGCAUACCGACGUCAAGAUUGACCCGGGUGUCACUGAAGCCGAACGCGGCAGUUUGAUGACGCUCAUAAACGAGGACCGUGAUGUGUUCGCCAAGACGUUGGCUGAACUCAAUUGCACAGACGUUAUGAAAAUGAACAUUGACGAGGUGCAGGGUAGUGACCUUGUGUGUCAAAAACCGUAUCGCACGUCACCAACCGACCGUCGCAUCACUGCACAGAUUUUGAACGACUGGAAGUCCGCCGGUGUUGUUUCGGACUCUACGUUACCAUACGCUAGCCCGGUGCUCCUUGUAAAUAAGGGCACAGGUGAAAAACGAUUGUGUGUUGAUUACCGAAGGCUUAAUCAACGAACACAGAACCAACCAUAUCCGAUGCCGGAUAUCGACGACCUAUUAUCGCGGCUCGCGGAGAGCCGGAUAUUCUCCACGAUGGACCUCUCCAAUGGAUUAUUGCAAAUUCCACGGAGCGAAGAGGCCAAGGAGAAAACUGCAUUUGUCACGGAGGAGACCACCGCGAGGUUCGAACGAAUGCCGUUUGGGUUGAAAGGGGCCCCCGGUACGUUUCAAAGAAGUAUGAACACCGUUUCUCGAGGUGUGAUACAACCAGGACAGAAAGUACACGCAAUCAAGACAUUCCCGCAGCCCCGGGAUGCACACGAGCUCACAGGGAAGGAUGUGGCGUACGAGCGAGGUCGAAGCAGAAGACGAAGAUGGCGAUGUCCGACAUGA